AAUCUGGUUCAAUGAAGUUCUUUCUAGCUUUCAAUCCGAAAGUGAUAUUUGCAUUUGUUGUGCUCUUUCUCGUGUUUUGCUUCUUGGUGCGCGACCAAGAGCUAGAAAAAUCAAGAUGGCGAUUGUACUCGUAUCUGACGUCACCAUUGCCCGAAUUCCCAUCCAACAUUUUGGAUGGUUGCGAGAUCGUGAAGGAACGGGUAGAGAUCCAGGAUCUGACGAUUGUGGCUUUGGUCGCCAAACCUCAGGAAGAAGGAUCCGAAGGCCUUCGUUUUCUGCUAUUGCAUGGAGCCAGACAAAGCUCUGGGAUAUGGAUCAACGAAACCAAAACCAUGCAAACGCUUUGGGCUUUGGGUCACACUACAGUAGCCAUUAAUCUGCCAGGUUAUGGUGGAUCCUCACCCAUGAAUGAUCAAGUUACCAAAGCAAAGCGAGGAGAACUCCUGAUAGCCAUUAUGGAUCACUUCUAUCCCCAGAAGAGAGUGGUGGUUGUGGCUCCAUCCAUGGCGGGAUCCUAUGCCUUACCUGCUCUUUUCAAUCAAUCAGACCACUUUUGCGGCUUUGUGCCAAUCGCACCCGUGUCCACCACCGAUUACGACGUGGUCCAAUUCCGCCAAGUUCAAGUUCCCACCUUGAUUGUGGUCGGAGAAACGGAUGCCACGUUAGGACAGGCCUCCACCAGGAUGCUCACCCACAUUCCAAAGGCCUCGUCACCUCAAGUCUUUCGAGGCCUUGGACAUGCCUGCUAUAUUGAAGAUCCACACCAAUGGCUGAAAGUGUUGUACAAUUUCAUAACAAGGCUCAAUUGCUGACAAGCUAGCUCUCAAAAGCAUUUGUAUUGGGAUAAAGACUAAUUGCUGAUGCCUGAGGGACCCAUCCAUUUUUUUGGGUGUAGCUUCUGAAACAUGUGCAUUAUUGCAAAAUAUAUCUGAAACGGCA